GGCAGAGCUCCAGAGGAGCUGUUCGUCUGCUCUGCACAGAGGCAAGGAAGGAGUGCUGCAAAGGAGAGGAAGAGGCAAACAGGCACCGGGCAGCCCGCUUUUGGUCCUUGAUGAGGAACUGGUGGCUGCUCUGGCAGAGCCAGGCGAGAGACUGAAAGUUGUGCCUCGGAGUUCGCGGGCUUGGCUGGAAAGUCAGGCACAACAUGUGGCUGGCCUCCUCCAUGGAUGGGAGGGCUUUCUCGGGUCAAUGAAACCACCUGGGGAAUAUGAGAUUUCCUCCUGGAGAGGAAGGAAGCAUGCCAAGCCCAACCAGGAGGGAGUAAGGUGUGUUUUUGCUCUUCAGUUUGUUUUGAGAUCCAGAGGUGGGGGGUGAGGAAGGAAGAGUAUAAGUGUCUAUGAAGGAAGGAGAAGAAGAGGAGACACAGGACCCAAUGCCAGCAGCCAAGAUGACAGAGACACUUCAGCUGCCAUCCCUGCGAGUCCCAGAGCCACAGGUGGCGGAGCGAGGCCAUGCCUGGUCCAGUUCCUCCACUCCAACCCUGCGCCGAAGGCGGUUCAAGAUGCGGCGCACAAGGAACGCCGAAGAGCAGAAUCCAGAGACUGCAACCCCCUCCUCUAAGGAGUUCCUCCAGCUUCCCUCCAUUGAAAUUACCCCCUCCAGCGAUGAAGACACACCUUGGUCCAACUGCUCCACACCUAGUGCCUCUCCACGGCGCAAGCGCUUCCUCCUUCGCAAGUGGCUGAAUGUGCGGGAGAAGAAAGAAUGCAGUGAGAGCAGCAGCCAACAGAGCAGUCAUGAUGAUGAUCCGUCUCGAUUUCUGAGCCCCCGACUGCGUGAUGACAGCACUGCCAGUAACUCGAACCGCAGUACUCCCGCUUGCUCCCCCGUCCUGCGUAAACGCUCCCGGUCUCCCACGCCACAGGACCCCCAAGGAGACACCAUGGUGGAGAAAGGGUCAGACCAUUCUUCUGACAAAUCUCCUUCCACGCCAGAGCAAGGCGUGCAGCGAAGCUGUUCCUCCCAAUCAGGUCGUGGUGGGGCCAAGAAUUCCAAGAAGAGCCAGAGUUGGUACAAUGUGUUGAGUCCAACCUACAAGCAACGGAAUGAAGAUUUCAGGAAACUUUUUAAGCAGCUUCCUGAGACAGAACGCCUCAUAGUUGAUUACUCCUGUGCACUUCAAAGAGAUAUUCUCUUGCAAGGUCGACUCUACCUCUCUGAAAAUUGGAUAUGUUUCUACAGCAACAUCUUCCGCUGGGAAACAUUGUUGACUGUCCGUUUGAAGGACAUCUGCACCAUGACCAAGGAAAAAACUGCACGGCUCAUUCCUAACGCUAUUCAAGUUUGCACAGACACUGAAAAGCACUUUUUCACUUCCUUUGGUGCCCGGGAUAGGACAUAUAUGAUGAUGUUCCGUCUCUGGCAGAAUGCCCUUCUUGAUAAGCCCUUGUGUCCAAAGGAGCUUUGGCAUUUUGUACAUCAGUGUUACGGAAACGAGCUAGGGCUGACAAGUGAUGAUGAAGACUACGUCCCUCCAGAUGAAGAUUUCAACACAAUGGGGUACUGUGAGGAGAUCCCAGUGGAAGAAAAUGAAGUGAACGACAGCUCCUCCAAAAGUAGCAUGGAGGUCAAAGCUGAAGUGAGCCCUCAGCUUCCCAAAAAGUCUGUCACCAACAGCAGCACAUUGACCCCUACAGCAAACAAUGAAGCUCCGAUCCCGUAUGAAGGAGUAGUUCCUGAAGAAGAGGAGGUCCUGGAUACACCAGCUGAGAAGGAGAUGACAAUUGCAAGCCUCAUUGGAGACAAGAUUGAUAUAAUUGCCCCUGUGAAUUCUCCUUCCCUGGAUUUCAAUGACAAUGAGGACAUUCCAACUGAACUCAGUGAUUCCUCUGAGACUCAUGAUGAAGGUGCUUGGCUGGCAUCCACAGGGGAGGUCCAGGCCUUUUAUGAAGAUCUGAAUGGCCGACAAUACAUGAAUGAAGUCUUCAACUUUAGCGUGGAUAAGCUCUAUGAUCUGCUCUUCACAAACUCUCAGUUCCUAAGGGAUUUCAUGGAGCAACGACGUUUUUCUGAUGUUGUUUUUCAUCCAUGGAAGAAGGAAGAAACUGGCAAUCAAAGCAGAGUCAUUCUGUACACCAUCACUCUCACCAACCCCCUGGCUCCAAAAACUGCCACCGUUACUGAAACUCAGACAAUGUACAAAGCAAGCCAAGAAAGUGAGUGCUAUGUUAUAGAUGCUGAGGUGCUAACUCAUGAUGUUCCCUACCAUGAUUACUUCUACACAAUUAAUCGUUACACAUUGACGCGUGUUGCCAGGAACAAAUGUCGACUCAGGGUUUCCACAGAGCUACGUUACAGAAAACAGCCAUGGGGACUGGUGAAAUCUUUCAUUGAGAAGAACUUCUGGAGUGGCCUAGAUGAUUAUUUUCGCCAUUUAGAGAGUGAAUUGACCAAAACCGAGAGUUCGUAUCUAGCAGAGCUUCGCAGACAGUCACCCAAAGAGAAGGCGAACAAACAAUCCUCAGUGCGCCGGAGGAAACGAACCCACACGCACUUGAGGGGGCCUCAUCUGGAGGAAGUACUGAGCCCUGUUACCACUCCCACAGAUGAGGAGGUUGUAGGUCGAAUCAAGCGUGUGGCAGGUUCCACUCAAACACGGCACAUCCCUGAAGAAAGUCCCAGCAGCUUCCACUUGCAGAGUGUCUCCAAGUUACUGCUUGUUAUUAGUUGUGUUUUGGUGCUUUUGGUCAUCCUUAAUAUGUUGCUGUUCUAUAAGCUCUGGAUGUUAGAAUACACCACUCAGACCCUGACUGCGUGGCAGGGGCUACGUUUACAGGAAAGGUUACCCCAAUCCCAGACCGAGUGGGCCCAGUUAUUAGAGUCCCAACAGAAAUAUCACGACACAGAGCUCCAGAAGUGGCGAGAUAUCAUCAAAUCAUCCGUGGUUCUCCUAGAUCAGAUGAAGGAAUCCCUCAUAAACCUUCAGAAAGGCAUUGGCUCUCGUGAAUAUCAGCCCGAGUCGGAUGAGAAACGAAAACGGUUCUACUAACAGGCGGGAACACAUGUGGCCAGAGGAUUGCGUGCAAUAUAUGUACAUAGAGAAUGAAUGAAUAUAUAUAUAUAUAUAUAUAUAUAUAUAUAUAUAUAUAUAUAUAUAUAUAUAAUCUCCAGAUUUUUAAAGAAGAAAGAAAAAGCUUGCGUGCUGAGAAGAAAGCAUGGUGCCGACUGAACUCCAGCACUGAAUGAAAUGGAGCGUCACCGAGGAAGGGCCAGGAUGUGUGGAAUUGUGUUUUCCCAGCACUGAGGCAUUGUGGGAAAACACAGUCUGGCCCUCCUGGAUUUAUGCAUCUUUCUUGGCAUUUUCCUGGCUAUUUAUUUGUUUGUUUGUCUGCCUCUCUUUGGCGGGGUAGGGGUGAGGAGUGAACCCGAAGGGAAGAUGUAGGAAGCCAUGAAACCCUCACUUUGAGCUGAUCCUUAACCAGUCUUGGCACAGAAUGCCGUCUUGUUCUGGCACUAAGGAGGUGGUGUUAUUUCCUCUGCAAGAAUGCGGUUGGCGAGGCUCCACAGGAGAGUUUCCAAGCAGACUGCCAACCAGGGCAUCAUUGCUUGCUUUCAUAGGGUCCUUUCGCGGGAUUUCUCUUUCGUUGGCAAGUGGGCUUGGCACAUGCUUUUCCCCACCCGCUCUGCCACCUUCAGCUGAGAGUAGCAGCACCGUUGUGUGACAGGAUGGUUUUGUUUGAGGAGAUAGACAGGAGACCGUUGUGUGUAUGGCACAGCCUUGCAUGCAGCUCACUCAGGUGCUGGCUCCCUUCACAGAGGAGAAGUUAUGCAAAUGUUUUGUUCCCUUCCUUGUUCCAGCUUGACGGCAUCUUCUCCCACUGUUGGAUACCUUCUGAUCCUUUCACCUUUGCAUCUUCAAGUCAUUACUAGAGGGAGCUGUUGCUCUGCUUAAAGGGCUGUCCUACUCGCAGAGAUACCAGUGGAGAUCCAGAUCAACGGAGCUUGAGUUGUCCUCGUUUAUAAAUGUCCAAGUGUUCCUACACUGAAAAAAAAACCAAAAACCAAACACAAAACAGAUUGAGCUAUAACCCAGGAGCAUGUCUCAGCUCAGCAAGGGGUUUAAAAUGUCUGCUUUUGAGUCUUUCCUCCAGAAUGGGAGAUUUCUGUAUUUAUUUAGGUUGGCAUGCAUCUUGUACCCAUGUAAAGGUGCAGGGUGGAGGAAGAAGCAUAAAGAGAAGUACUUUUGCUUUUACUAGUGGGAGAGGGGCCUUACACAGCUUAGGCAGUGGCAAGACACUGGGCAUUCAUGCCAAGCUCUUGUAAAAGUCUGAGGGAGGCUUGUUAGGGUACGUUCAGCUCAUGGGCUCGUGUUCAUCCUCAGCAGCUGUCUCCAAAUGCAAGAACGCAUUUUGAUAAUUUAAAGAAGCUCAUCCUUAAUGGUCCCUAGUGACGUAAGGCCAAAGCAAAGCAGCUCAGCAAAACACAGAGUUAAGAACAUUUCUUGGCUGAGCUGGGACCAAGAGUGUACAAAAGUGGCUUAAUUUUUAGGACCCGGGGGCGGGGGGUGGGUGCGCUUUUCUUUUUCUUUUUUAAAAAAAUGCACAUAGUUUGAAAGAGCUAGAAUUGACCAAACGGCAAAUGACGCUGCAUUUGUGGAUUUUGCUGAAGCAACAUCUCUCUAAUUUAGAGUUAUGCAAAAUUAAGACUGUGUGGAUGGCAGGUCGAUCUGGUUGGGCAAAAGACCGAAGUUCUUUAGAAGACCAGGGCUGAGCAGUGGUUUUUCUCUGCCUCCCAGAGUAUGUGUGUGCCAGAUGAAAAACUAGAGAUUUCCAGGAAAGAAAGAAAAGGGAUUUUCAUCUUUCAGGCUUCAUCAUGAUGGUGCCUGUCAAUCUCCAUGUUUAACUGAUGUGUACCAAAUACCAUCCUGCUGGGCAGCUAUGAUCAGUGUAAUGUUUAUUUGUAAGUAGGUAACUGAGCCAGAGAGAGAGAGAGAGAGAGAUCUCAUACUUGGCAUGAAUUACUUAUCUGAAUUGGGUCUUUUUGUGAUGAAAGUUGGCAUCUUCCUCUGUACACAGCUGAAAGAUAGCAGCAAAUGUUGUCCCAGGAGUUGAGAGCUACAAUCUUCUCAUCAAUUGACUAGUAAAGGAACCACAAGAGAACCACAAAGAACAGAUAGGCAGCAAGUCAGCCCAAGGGAGAGGCCAUUUCCAAAUCCUUCUCCUUGGAGCCAAGGAGUUGAAUGAAUGCAGAGUUUAUCAGAGUUUCUCAACCUUGGCCACUAUAAGAUGUGUGGACUUCAACUCCCAGCAUGCUGGCUGGGGAAUUCUGGGAGUUGAAGUCCACACAUCUUAGGGUGGCCAAGGUUGAGAAACAGUGGGGUAUGUGCUUCGGCAUCCAAGCGUUUUGGUUUUACAAGAGAGCAAACACUCAGCAGGUUGGAAGUGGCUGAAAUUGAGUUGUUUUUUUCACAUGCUCCACUGGAGAAGCAGGAUUUUUUUUCCCCCUGCAUUUUGCUUUUGCUUCGCUAGCUGGCUGGGCUAACUGGCAAGCGAAAGCAACUGGAGAUGAAUGUUUCAGCAGUCAAGAUUCUUUAGGUGGCCAGAAUGGCCGGUGGUCACCUGUAAGAGAAGAGUCCAAUUGCAUUUGGGAAUGCUGUUGACAGUAAAUUUGGGGGACCUACUGUGUAGGGGAUUUCUUAGGUAAUUUAUUGCAUAAAUAUAUAUUCUUGCAUAAUACUGCUGAUUGGCAAUCUUUAGGGAUCUAUUUGCUGCUAGUUCAGGCUCUGCUUCAUAGCUUUGGGGUGAGGUGGGAUAAAACUCUGUCUCCUCUGUUUGAAGGGCCACCUGUUCAGGCCCCGGAACCCUUCUUGGUGAGCACGGUUGGUUUUGUUCCAAUGAGAGCUUUCAUUCAAAAUGGUAGACGUCUCCGAUGGAUCAUCUGCUCAGACGAAAGGGAAGAGGGAGCGCGAUGCUUUGCUUCCAGAAGACUUAAUGAGGGUGUUGUGAAUUACCAUUAUUUAAACAAGAAUGUUUUCCUUGAAAGUAUGGGUGGGGGCACAAUGGUUUGCAGGACAGACUGUUUAGCGAGGUAUUUUUUCUCCUUGUUUGAUUUUUAAGAGAACUUUUGAUUCAAGACGUGGUCUUUUCAUAACUGAGCAUGAACACCCUCACCCCAACAAAAUGUAUUGCCCCCUGAUUUUGCAAGGAAGUCUGAAAACUCUCUUUUGGUGGUGGUGAGGGCAGUAUUGUUUUUAAUCCCUCAGAUUUUUGCCCAUAAGCCUAAACGGUGUUUGCUUCUCUUGGAACCGAGUUAGAGAUAAAGGAGACGCUUCGCUGUGUCCAAUACGCCUAUCAGAAGGUGGAUUUUGCUUAGUUUCUAUCCAGGUCUAAAAUGGCGGUCAUUAUCCAGAAAACCUAUAUGUGUAUGAAAGGGCCUGGGUAUUCCUCCCAAUUUGUAAAGAGCAAGCUUGUUUGCACGACGAGGAGAGCCUCUGCAUGGCUUUUUCUCCUCCAUGGUUGAAGUGAAUUAGGCUGCUGUUGCAACCGGGCGAGGAAGAACUUCAGUAUGUCAUUCAGAAAUUACUAUUUUGCCAUGUUUGAGAAGCGAAUGCCUGUGCAUUCUUGAAUUCACUGUAGCCCACCUUGUUUGUUCAUUUGCUUAAGCCUAAGAGGUACAUUCCACAAACAAGGAAUAUUACCUUUUAUUCGUUUUAACUGGGUUUCAACAUGAUUUAUAACUCGGUCUCUUCCCCCUCUACACCCCUGCUGUCUGUCACUUGUGCCUAAUCUGGUUAUAGACAUGGCAAACUCAACUGCCUUGUCUUCCCUUCACUCUUAAUGUAUGUAAUCCAUCUUUCUUGUUGUUGAUGAGAGUUGUAGUGAGCAAAUUGAACCCCCCCCCCCGCUUUUUUUUCCUCUCUAUUCAUUCCAUGCUGUUAAACUGUCCUGUUAUGGAAGGACUUAUCCAAGGGACACUUGGUAUCUAUAAGCAGUUUCUGUAUUCUCCCUCCUCCACCCCCAGCUUUGAUUUCAAGGUCAUGAAGUCUAGUGGUUUCAUUUUUAACAUAACUUGCCAUUUCUUUUGGGACCUGCAGCAAUCAAUUCAUAAAGUCCAUUGUUGGCUUCUCAGUUUUGUGGCCAGGAGCAUCAGAGGUACUAGUGACUUCUUCUGCUGAGGGAAGUGGUAGAUUGGCUUCAGAAGAUCUUGGGUGAUACCUUUCUGAUCCAUAAUGAUCAAUGUUCCAUGCCUUCUCUUUACGGGUUCCCUCAUGCUCUGCUAUCUGGCUCAUGCUGACUGGAAGCACAGAAGAAUAUUCUUGUGCCAUUCAUCCCUAGAUGUGCAAAUCAGCCAAAUGAGAGGGUUAACUGUCACAGCUGCAGCCGCACAUCUUGCUCAUUGAGAACACAUUCUCCCUCCCACUUUCUGGAAAAUAGCAAAAUUGGACAGCUGUUGGCUCCUUUGGGAUUUUUGCCGUUUGUGGCCUGACCUAAUGCUAAGCUUUUCAUCUGGGCAGUGGUGCAUUCUGAAGUGAUUAUGUUGACAUGAUGAUGAGGAAGGCAAGUUCUCCCUUCUUUAUCGCUCACAAUCUGCUGCUCUUUACGGCUGUUGUGAAGGUGGUGGUGGAUCUCAGUGUUUACGUUACCUCAUUUUACUUCGGUCAUUGAAUUGUAAGGUGUGAAGGACAGGGUUCCCAACUUCAGAUUUCCAUUUAUGUUCGGGUGAUGGUGGCAUAGCAUUGCAAAGGACCACAGGAUGCUCUGGGGGGUUUUCUCCAUGGGUCAAACUGUCCUAGCAAUGCUGAGGUCUUGUUGGCAGAUUUGGGGGAGCCAUUCAAUGUCCAGCAAUCCAGCUCCAAAGCAGGAACAAGUGGCCAUUUCAAGAUUGUUCCCUAUGUGAUAAUGAUGGCAGGAGUGAAUCCAUCUCUCUCCUUCCCUCUGCUUUCUCAUUCUCUAAUCUAAAGCACGACAUUUUGGAUGAAGUCUCCACAACUCAUAUUCUUAAGCUGCCAUUUUUCUCCAGCUACUUUUUGACCUCCUAAAGAGAGGAAGAUUUUCCAAAGGGGAAAUAUAAAGGAAAUGGACAAAAGGCCAAGUAAUAUUUCCUUUCCCACCUUCCCAAAAUUCCUUUCAGAUGGAAUGAUCUGGGACAGUUACAGCAUAACUCUGGAGCCAGGCCACAUGCUAAAGAUCCCCUGACUGUGUGUACGUGUGUGUGAGGUUGUGUGCGCAAGUGUGCGUGUGCAUAGGAGCUGUCUGUGCGAGUCUGUAUCUAUACUAAACUUUGCGCUGUGCGCGAGGUCUAAUAUAAGUUGAUUACAAAAAUAAAAAUGAAAAAACAGAAACAAAAAUCAUCAACCACCACAAGCUUGACUGAUAGAAGCUAGGAGUUAUAAAGGCUACAAAGCCAAAAUCUUAAUGUAAAGUAGCUAGAAAAAGAAAUGGAAUAAAAAGUAUGAAUAAAAUAUAAUGAACAGAA